AUAACAAUUGGCUGAAAGCAAAAUAAAUGAAUAGGGAAAAGCUCCUUCUAGGAGUUUGCUACACCGGCAUAAUUUCGCAUAAUUUGUAACAGUGAUCAAAAGAAAAUCUAAUAUUUUGCUUACCACUCGACAGUGAUAACACGUACGAUAAAAUUGAAGAGAUUCGAAGCGUGAAUUUUUAGAAAUGCCCUUCGAUAUCCCCGCGUACGCGUAUGCUGCUGCAGUGGCUGGUGGCGGAGUAUUAGGUUACGUGAAAUCAAAUUCUAUUCCAUCGUUGGCAGCUGGUCUUCUUUUUGGAUCUAUUUUGGGCUAUGGGGCUUAUCAGACUUCUCAAGACCCAACCAAUGUAACAGUUUUCCUAGGAACUAGUACAGUCCUUGGAGGCUUGAUGGGAUAUCGAUUUUAUAAUAGUGGGAAAAUAAUGCCAGCUGGAAUAAUCGCUAUGUUAAGUGCUGUGAUGAUUGUAAGGACAGUUAUGAGAUAUUUCUCACCACCCUUGAAGACUCAGUGAAUAUUAAUUUGAAUGUUAUCGAUGUUGUGCAUUUGUAUAUGUAAUUUACUAUUCUUUGGUAAAAGGGUAAGAAUGUAAUUCAAAAGAUUUAUAAAAAAUUGAUGAUAUUUGAGCAAAUUUAAUUAUAAAUAAUAUGAUUGAGAACUAAUUUUAAUUUUAUGUAUAUAAGAUUUGUAAAUUAAGUGUUAUUAAUUAGUAUCAUUUUUUAAGAUUCUAUUAUUUUCUUAAAAUAAAAAUCUACCUGUUUA